GUUCCCCCACCAUGAUUUGUGGAGUUGAGACAUCUUAUCACGAUAUAAAUGCACUGUGAAUCAGCAAGCUCAACUCAUUCCUUCACAUGUCCGUAUUUCAAUCACACACCUAUGGACCAGAUCAUAUAUAUACCCAGGGUCCCUACUAGCUAGUACGUAUUGCCAUAUCCUAUCCUACAGAUGUUUGUUUGUUUGUUUGGUUUACUUUACUAGAGAGCGGAGAUAUCUGGUCUCUAGUCUCUAGUCUCCCACGCCACACCUUCAAUAAUUAACCUCUUCUUCUUCAUCAUCAUCAUCACUCACUUCUUGCAGAACCCACUUACCCCCACUCACAUAUAUUUCUCUCCCUGCGCGCAGCUGCAUAUAUGCUACUUGAAGUUGAAACAUGUUAAGAUCACUCUACUAGAAAUCUGGUGCUGAGAGUUCGUUGUUCUAUCUUAAUUGGCCGGCCAAUAUGUAUAGAUCACCCUGAAGAAGCAGAAGCUGGUGUGCCUAGCUAGCUAGCUCUUAUAUAUAAUUAACUACAAGAUGCAGAACAAGGUUUGUAGCUGGAAAUUAGGCCAAAAUGGGCAGCAGGUGAUUAAAGGUCGUCAUGAAGCAUCAGAUGGUGAUCAACCACCUCAUGAUCAACAUCACAAUUACAAGAAUAAUGAUCAAAUGAUGUACUCAAACAUAUCAUCGUCGUCGGAUCUCAACUUGAGAAACCUCUCAAAGCUUAUACUUCCUCCUUUGGGUGUCUCGAGCUACAACCAGCCGACUCAAAUGCACUCAAAAGGCUGGAUUAUUUUACCCAUGGACUCCAGAUACAGGAGUUGGGAGACAUUUAUGGUGCUUUUGGUGGCUUACUCAGCCUGGGUUUACCCGUUUGAGGUUGCUUUUCUCAUGUCGUCGUCGGGAAAAAGCAGCAAGCCUCUCUACUUAGCAGACUACAUUGUUGAUCUAUUUUUCGGCAUCGAUAUCAUAUUGACAUUCUUCGUCGCAUAUAUUGAUCCCAGAACUCAAUUACUUGUUCUCGACUCCAAAAAGAUCGCUACAAGAUAUCUUUCGACAUGGUUUGUUAUGGAUUUGGCAUCAACCCUCCCCUUUGAGAUUAUAGGCAAACACAAACUCGGUCUCUCCUACUCUCUCUUGGGAUUGCUCCGAUUUUGGCGAUUGAGACGAGCAAAGCAACUCUUCACAAGGCUUGAGAAGGACAUCAGGUUUAGCUACUUCUGGGUCAGAUGUGCCAGACUUUUAUCUGUGACACUGUUUACAGUACAUUGUGCUGGGUGCCUGUACUACCUGCUAGCAGACCGAUACCCGCACCAAGGGAGGACAUGGAUUGGAACUGUUAUUCCCAAUUUCAGAGAGACGAGUCUGUGGAUCCGCUACAUUUCAGCCCUCUACUGGUCCAUCACCACCAUGUCCACCGUUGGUUAUGGUGACCUCCAUGCAGUGAACACCAUGGAAAUGAUCUUCAUCAUUUUAUACAUGCUUUUCAACCUCGGCCUUACUGCUUACCUAAUUGGCAACAUGACAAACUUAGUUGUUGAAGGCACUCGCCGUACCAUGGAAUUUAGAAACAGCGUUGAAGCAGCAUCAAACUUUGUUGACCGCAAUCACUUGCCUCCAAGGUUGAAGAAUCAAAUUCUGGCCUAUAUUUGCUUGAGAUUUAAGGCUGAGAGCUUGAACCAGCAGCAAAUAAUUGAACAGCUCCCCAAGUCAAUUUGUAAAAGCAUCUGUCAACAUUUGUUCCUGCCAACAGUAAUGAAAGUUUAUCUUUUCAAGGGUGUCUCAAGGGAAAUACUUCUAAUUCUGGUUGCAAACAUGAAGGCAGAGUACAUACCACCAAGAGAAGAUGUUGUAAUGCAAAACGAAGCACCCGAUGAUAUAUACAUCAUUGUUUCUGGAGAAGUGGAAAUCAUUGAUUGUGAGAUGGAUAAAGAGCUAGUCGCCGGGACUUUGAAAUCUGGGGACAUGUUUGGAGAAGUAGGUGCACUUUGUUGUAGGCCUCAAAGCUUUACAUAUCGGACAAAAACACUUUCACAAUUCUUGAGACUCAAAACCACUGCACUAAAAGAAGCAAUGCAGACCAAACAAGAAGACAAUGCUCAAAUGCUUAAGAAUUUCAAGCAGCAUCACAAAAAGCUCAGGGAUCUGAGAAUUGGAGAAAUAUUGGCUGAGAGUGGGGAAGAUGAGGCCAUGGGUGAUCCAAGUUUAGCAUUCGACUUAUUGACUAUUGCCAGCAAAGGGAAUGCUGCACUUCUUGAAGAGCUCCUCAAGUCAAAGUUGGAUCCUGACAUUGGAGACUCCAAAGGAAGAACACCUCUGCAUGUAGCCGCAUCAAACGGGCAUGAAGAAUGUGUCUUGGUACUCCUCAAGUAUGCUUGUAACAUACAUGUAAGAGACACUAAUGGUAACACGGCAAUAUGGGAAGCAAUUGCAGCAAAGCACCAUUCCAUAUUCAAGAUCCUCUACUAUUAUGCUGCCUUUUCUUAUCCCUACACUGCCGGUGAUCUUUUAUGCACAGCUGCCAGAAGAAACGAUCUGACUGUGAUGAAGGAACUGUUGAAGCAUGAAUUGCAUGUUGACUCAAAGGAUUUCGACGGAAAAACAGCAGUACAAGUAGCCAUGGAAGAAAACAAUGUAGACAUGGUAAACUUGCUGGUGAUGAAUGGAGCAGAUGUCACCAAUGUUUCACAUGACUACUUAUUUCCUUCACAAACCUUAAGCGAUAUGCUGCAAAAACGAGAGGUUGGACACCGGAUUACAGUGCCAGACCCUACCCUGAAUGAAGUGCUUUUGUUCAGAAAUGAUGGAGAGAAAAAUGUUGAUUGGAAAAAAUCCAAUGGAGUGAAUUUUCCAAGAGUGAGCAUAUAUAGAGGCCAUCCUGUGACGAGGAGAAACACCUGUUGCACUGAAGCCGGGAGGUUGAUUAGAUUGCCCCAUUCACUAGAGGAGCUCAAAAAUAUUGCAGGUGAAAAGUUUGGGUUUGAUCCAGAGAAUGUAAUAUUAACGGAUGAAGAAGGAGCAGAAAUAGACUGUAUCGAAGUGAUUAGAGAUAAUGACAAGCUUUUCAUAUAUAUAGUGGAGGACACAAAUUAAGUGUGGGAUAAAUCCUCAAAUCUAUUCGGAUGUAAGAUGACAGUUUUUCAUUACCCCACCUUGGGAGAAAACAAAUUGACCUUUUUCCAUGUAAAAAUUGAAAAAGAGAGAAAAUCCUGCAUGCUUGUACAAGAGAUUUUCUUUCUAUAUGAUUCGAAGUAGUUCCAGCACAGCUUUUAGAA